AUGACUGCUUCUGCGUCUCCUGUGGCCAAGAAUGCGUCUGAACACGCUUUGUCGUUACCUGUCGCCUACGAGAGCUCCAGCGGACCUGGGCAGACAAUAGUGCCUGCUGAGUCUCUAGAUUUCCCGGGAUCCUUCGCUGCAAAUACCUCGCUUGUGCAUCCUAAACCGCCAGCACGCUGGCGAACCUGGCUACUUCAGGAUUGGAGUAAUCCUUCUAUAUGGCGUGCUGCUCUGCUGGAGGGUAUUGCCAUGGCAAGCCUUACCUUUGCCUCUGGCGCAUUCUCUGCUACCAUUGGCUCGUAUGGGUCCAAUCAAUUAGAGGCCUACAUCUUCGUUUUCAAUAGCUUGCUCCUGUCUCUCUUCAUCUAUGCCAUUUCGGCGGCCUCAGGCGGUCACGUCAACUCUCUCAUCACAUUUACAACAUUUAUGAUGGGUCUCAGCUCUCCAGCUCGAACAACAAUUUAUAUCAUCGCCCAGUUCACUGGAGCCGCUCUCGGUGGGGGGCUCUUGCGAGCUGGAUUUGGAGUGUCCAGGUCAGAGGCGCUUCAUGCUAUUGGAUGCUUCUUUGAUGCGGAGACGAUUAGCUCGCGGGAAGUGUUUGCGUUUGAGAGUGCGGGGGGGUUUGUUCUUCUGUUUUUGGCUGUUGGUGUUGGACUCGACCCGCGGAGCAAACGACUAUAUGGUCCCGCUUUGGGGCCUCUUCUAGUAGGCCUUUCCCUCGGUCUCGUCACAUCAGCCACUUCGGGUCUUCGAGAAGGCUACCCUGGCGCUCAGAUCAACCCGUCGAGAUGUUUUGGAUUGUCAGUUGCAGCCGGGGAUUUUAGCUAUUUCUGGAUAUGGAUCUUCGCGCCUGGUGUCGCGGCUUGUGUGCUAGCGCUGGUGUACAAGGCUGCACCGCCAUAUCAGAAUGAGGCUAGCUCUAAAUGA